UAGUAUCCAAUCAGAAGAUGAAACAUCAUUGAAUGCAGAUUACUCUGGGGGCAGUGGAUUGAACAAUGCAGGCAGCUAGUUCACUUCAAUAGGAAAAGGGACAUUUUAAUGGACUAAUCCAAAUUUGGCACAAAAGUUGCAGGCUCUGGUGAUAAACUCUAAACCUACCAUACAAUGCCAAGGAUAGAAUCCGGAACAGUCUUGUGCGAUAUGUCGUUGAGUAUCAUUGACCCGGCAACCGGAGACCCACCACAAAGCGACCUGCUUCUUGGUGAUAAUGAGUUCGCGGGAAGCACAGAGACCGCUCAUGGUGCAGUCACAGUGGAUUGUGGUUCUACACAAGAUGUAGAUGUCGAUAAAUUGGACCUUGAUAAAAUGCCAGAAAAGGAGGAAGUUUCUGAUAAAGGAGAUGGACUACAGAUAGUUACACGGAGUUUAGGCUCAACUGGUGCAGACUUUUGUACCACCAGGAAGGACGGUGAGGUCAAGCUGAGGAUGGAUGAUUCCGAUGCUCCAGGACAGCCACUGAUGACUGUCCACCAGAUGUUCGCAGAGUCUGUUAGGAAGUACGGGGAUUACAUCGCUCUUGCAUCAAAGCAUGGUGAAAACUGGAUGAAGCUAACAUAUAAGCAGUACUAUAAUGAAUGUAGAGAUGCUGCAAAAAGCUUUCUGAAGCUUGGACUCCAACGUUUCCACGGUGUUGGAAUCCUGGGUUUCAAUUCUCCAGAGUGGUUCAUUGCAGAUAUCGGAGCAAUCUUGGCAGGUGGAUUGGCCGUUGGAAUCUACACCACAAAUUCUCCUGAAGCCUGUCAACACGUAGCAAGUGAUAGUGAAGCUAAUGUCUUGGUCGUGGAGAACAACAAGCAACUACAGAAGAUCUUGCAGAUUCAGGAUCAGCUUCCACACUUAAAAGCAAUUGUACAGUACAAGGACGAACUGAAGGAGAAGAGACCAAAUCUUUACACUUGGGCGGAGUUCAUGCAGCUUGGGAAGGAUGUGCCAGAUUCACAACUCGAUGAGAUUAUCGCUUCCCAGAAACCGAAUCAGUGUUGCACACUCAUUUAUACUUCGGGGACCACUGGAACGCCAAAGGGAGUCAUGCUGAGCCACGAUAAUCUAACAUGGACAGCUUAUGCAGCAGGAAAUAUGGUGCAACUGCGACCAGCUACUGAAAGCCAAGAAGCUAUUGUUAGCUAUUUGCCACUAAGUCAUAUUGCUGCACAAAUGAUCGAUAUCUGGCUGUCCAUAAUGUUUGGAGGCACCACUUAUUUUGCACAACCUGAUGCACUGAAGGGUUCUUUGGUGACCACAAUGAGGGAGGUCCGUCCCACAGCAUUUAUGGGUGUGCCGCGUGUCUGGGAGAAGAUGCAGGAGAAAAUGAAAACUAUAGGAGCAAAAUCCUCGACUGUUAGGAGGAAAGUUGCCUCCUGGGCGAAAGAUGUUGGUUUAAAAACCAAUCUAAAUCGCAUGCGUGGAAAUAAUGCUGUUUCAUUUAACUUCCGGGUGGCCAAUGAGUUGGUGUUUAAAAAGGUUCGGAAUGCUUUGGGAUUGACUCGUUGCACAAAAUGUUACACAGGAGCAGCUCCAAUAACCAAAGACACGCUGGAGUUCUUCCUUAGUCUCAACAUCCCCGUAUACGAGUUAUAUGGAAUGAGUGAAAGCUCAGGACCACACACCAUUUCCGUACCUGAUGCAUUUAGACUUUCAAGCUGUGGAAAGGUGAUGACAGACUGUAGGACAAAGAUCUUCAAUCCUGAUGAUGAUGGCUGUGGCGAGAUCUGUUUCUGGGGACGGCAUGUGUUCAUGGGUUACCUGCACAUGGAUGAUAAGACAGAAGAAGCAGUUGAUGAGGAUGGUUGGUUGCACUCAGGCGAUCUAGGGAAACAUGAUGAGAAUGGAUUUCUAUAUAUCACGGGAAGAAUUAAAGAGUUGAUUAUCACUGCUGGAGGGGAAAAUGUACCACCAGUUCCCAUUGAAGAUGCUGUAAAGGAACAUUUACCAAUCAUCAGUAAUGUCAUGCUGAUAGGAGACAAACGCAAAUUCCUAUCGAUGUUAUUAACACUAAAGUGCAAUGUAAACGGUGAUUCUGGUGAACCACAGGAUGAUCUAUCAGAAGCAGCAAUUCAGUUUUGCCAAAGGAUAGGCAGCAAUGCUACAAAGGCAUCAGAAAUCUUAGCCAGCAAAGAUGUUUACGUAUAUGGUGCCAUACAGGAAUGCAUCAACCAGGUGAAUGAAAAGGCUACGUCGAAUGCACAGCGAAUUCAGAAGUGGCUUCUUUUAGAAAAGGACUUCUCCAUUCCAGGAGGAGAAUUAGGUCCGACAAUGAAACUGAAAAGGCCUGUUGUGCUGAAGAUGUACAAUGACCAAAUUGAUGAUCUGUACAAGGAUGCAAUAACCCCAAUCACUCCAGAUAAUCCACUUACAGCAAAAUAGACUUGGUUGUUACUACAGCAGUGAAACACCAGCUGGAUUUGUAGAUUGUUUGUUUAUAUUUUUGGUUUUGCAAUGUUAUCAUCAACUUUGGCAUUUCUAUAUAGUUUCAAAUAAAUGUUCACGUUUCACAAUUGUUGCCACAAUGAAGAAAUUAAUUGUAUUGCAUCUGUACUUUUCAGGAAUUGGGAUUGCUAAAACAAAUUGAGGGAAGAUGUGCUUUUUACAUUAAAAUGCUUAGUACAGCUAUUGUGCUAGCAUUGCAAAUAUGCUCAUUUGAAAAGUUAUUUUCCCAUACUUAUAUGUAUGUGCAUAUACAUAAUGAAACCAACUUUUAGCAUUUGACUUCCUUAACAUGGAAAUAUACCAAACUCUAGUAAACAUGAAGGGCCAGCAGCAACAAUUCUGUUUAUAAUAUCUCUUGGUUACAGAACAAAACAUUGUUUACAAAAUCCGUGACAAAUGGCAGAUAUUCUGCUAUAUACGAUUACAGUCUCCAAAGAAGUGAUAACGUUUUAUGUUUUGAUCAACCAUGUGUGUAAAGAUUAUUAAUCCAACAUUUCUAUUUCUUUAAUUUUUGUACAGCAUCCCCAAAAAUUAUUUAAGUGACCUAUUUCUUUGUUUUUAUGACUAUUUAUUGUUCUUGAAGUUUAACUGUCAUGAAAUAUAUUUUUGUUUCCAAUGUACAUUUUGUAGAGGAAUUGUACAGCCCCAUUUGGACAAGCCAAAUAAAAAGAAAAGAUCUGUUUUUAUACAUGAAAAGCCACUUUUUAGUGUGGCAGUGCUUUAAAUUUUGUAGAAUCAUCAAAUCAUUGACUUUUACAGCAUAGGAGUAUUUGGUCACUCAUGUAAAUGCUAGCUAUCUGAAAGAGGUUUUUUUUUUACUCAGCUAUUCAUCCCCUUUGAAAAGUUAAUGGAUUCUCCUUUCACCAUGGUUCUGCUCGGGUACUCUAUGACUUAACCAUCCUCUGUAUAAUAAAAAUACAUCCUUUUUUGUGUCUUUUUAAAUUUGUUUUAUGCCCUUCUUAAACAACCAUUAUAACAGAAAUGUUAGUGAUUCUACAGUAAUAAGAAACAUGGUGUCAUCUGGUUCUGCUCACAACCAAAACCUUUCUUUUUUCAUUUUAUUUAUUCUGGAAGAAAGGUGCCAAAGAUUUUUUUUCAUCUGCUUUUGUAAUUCUGAAACCUAAAGCCCUUUUUCCAGGGAUCUUUACAGUUAGAUGUAACUUGAUCUCUUUGAAUAGGCAGAACUGUGUUCCUGAAAUUUGAAUAACCUUGUAUUUCUCCACUUCAACUUAAACUGGACAGAAAGACUUCAGAUUAAUCUACAGCCUCCUGAAGUUGUUCACGACCACUUCUGUUGUUAAAUCCUAUUUUAAUGCUGUGUCUAAAUUUUGUAUCCUCUAUACCUAGGUCCAGAUCUCUCACACAUCACUACCCAAAACUGAAAUAUCACUGCUCAAUUUGUUUCACUUCUCCAACCAGCACAAGUUUUUGGUUUCUAUUGUACUGAUACAUAGCCUCCAGUAAAGUUACCAUAGAUCUGCCAUCCCAUAGGACUGCACUCCCAUCAGAGAGACAUAACUAGUGGUGAUUUAACCCAGAUGUCACCAUGUCUUAGCUUAAGGGAGAGGUUGAAAAGAGCUCUUUCAUGGUAAUCUCUGGCAUCACUCUACAUGGCAAACCAGUCAACCAUAUUGAGCUAUCUCAAAGACAAUAUGCCUUAAUUUCUAUUUUAAUUUGUCAGGUAUAUAUUCCUCUUACAAUUAAUGUUGGUUACCGUUGACUCAAUCCAUGUCUUUUUCACCACUAACUUUAACUUUAUCCCAAGUUUGACUUUCAGAAGCUUUAUCCACUGUCUUACAUGUUUAUAGUUUUUGAUUUAUUCUUCUCAUCACCAAUGAUACUGCUCUCCAGCACUUUAAUAUGCACAUCCAAGAGAAUUUGAAACAUUGUGGUCAAAGCCUUUGAUAGACUGAGCAAUAUUUAACUCCCAUAAUAUCCUAAAAGGGAGAUAAUGGAAAACUGGCCAGGAAUGCAUUGGAAUAGAUUACUCAGAGGUAACAAAGGCAGGGAGAGUAGGUUACAGUUGAUAGCUGCAGUUGAACAGCUAACACCAGACAUUAAGUGCUUUGGACUACAAAGAACUCAGAUGCUGUAAUUUCUAGAAUACCACAUGUGAAAAGUGCCUAAAAAUGUAAUGCUGGGGCUAAAUUUUCAAUACCUUAAUUAUUGUACAUGUUUAUUUGCAACACUUAUAAUAUUUUAAGUAUGAAUUCAACCAGUUUUGAAUUUUUGGGAACUAACUUGUGAAGGGGAUUGGUAUUAACCAGAGAAAACGUAACCCUUUAGCCAUCCUAAGUUUCUUUGGCUGUAGGGAAUAAGCAUUUUGGCAGUAACUUGAUUAGGCUAUAAUAACACGGUGAAACUGGCACCUUAAUAUUCUAAAUGAUCUAUACAGCAGUUUGACUAGCAGUUGUUCUACAUGCUGUUAUGCUUUUCUUACUGAAUUGUGAAAUGAAUAAUUUUGACUUACCUUCCUGUUAUUUUACCUAUUGCUGAGAAAGGUAUUAUUUGUCUUAAUAUUAAUGUACCACAUCCAAUGUAUGCAAGCUGCCAGUUUAUAAACUGAACACAAUCCCAAUGCAAUAUUCAAAAUGGCGACUGAAGUGUGAAAACAUGGCCCAAUUGACGUUUCUUCUGCAUUAUCAUUUGAAGGAGUAUUUCAUUGUUUUUGUGUCACCAGUUGUUUACUCAACGUCUUAAUAUAUUUGCAACCAAUUGCUAUGUUAAAAAUCCUGAAAGUGUAAUUACUGCUAUUUACCAUGAAUGAUAACACCCAGACUGUAUUCAAUGUAAAUACAGAUACUGUAAUGUUUUAUUCCAUUGCUGCAGACUGUAAAUUUUGCAUGAACAUGUAAUAUGCAAUGUUGAACGAUUGCGUACUUCAUUGCAUCGUGAUGCAAAUAAAGUUGUGAAACCAGAGAUUUUUCAGGAUGAGAA